AUGGACGGUAGAGAUAACUGGCUGGAGCAUAAGCCCAAUGUUCUCGUUGCACAGCAAGUGUGCACCGAGUGUGAGCACGUGAAAGAUCUGGAGCAUCAGUGCCUAAAUUGUGGGGAAAGAGAACAUAUUUUUGACGAUUUGGAAGAAACACCAGGUGAAAAUGUUGUAAGUCAGUUUAUGACAUAUCUGCUUUCACUCUGUUCUGAAGAGAAAACUCAGAUCCAAUGUUUUUCUCAUAAUGGUCGAGCUUUCGAUACAAUUUUUAUUCUCCAAGAGUGUGUCAAGAGAAAAAUGAAACCAGAAAUUAUUCUGCAGGGUACAAAGAUCAUCUGCCUGAAGUGUGAAAACUUAAUAUUUAAAGACAGCCUUCUCUUUAUGAAUCAGAAACUGGCCCUGUUACCACGCUCUUUCGCUCUCACAGAACACAAAAAAGGAUAUUUUCCUUUUAAAAUGAAUCAAAGGAAGUGGUUUUCGUACAUAGGACCCAUGCCUGAUAAAGAAUUAUACUUUACAUCAGGUAUGAAAUCAGAGGAGAAAGAAGAGUUUGACAAGUGGUACAAUAAGCAAGUAGAAAACAACUACAUUUUCAACUUCAAACAUGAGAUUUUAGCUUACUGCAGUUCAGACACCGAUAUACUCCGCCGAAGUCUGCAGGCCUACAAGGAAUCUUUUAUGGAAAUUGCCGGAUUUGAUCCGCUGCAUCACUGUCUCACACUCUCCUCUGCAUGCAUGGCUAUGUACCGAUACAAACAUUUACAGCCUUAUACAAUCGGUCUCAUGCCAAAAGGGGGUUAUAGAAUGGCUGAACUUCAAAGUAAAAUAGCGUUGAAAUGGCUCAGUUAUGAACAGAGUGUUCUGGGUGACACUGCAAAAAUUCGAACGUCAGAAAACGGGCGUGAAGUAAGAGUCAUGGGCAAACCUGUUGACGGAUACACAGAACUACUAAAAGUUGAUGGAACGACAGAAAAAAUAAUUUUUCAGUUCCACGGAUGCUACUUUCACAUGUGUCCAACAUGUUAUCCAGACGCCGCUACGCGACGAAGUCUAAUGCAAAAGCAGGGUGGUGAUAAGUAUGACAAAACAAUGAGGAUCACUGAUAUGUUUAAAAGAAACAACUAUACGGUGCGUGAAAUGUGGGAAUGCCACUUCAGACAUGAAUGUGAACACGACCCCAAAAUGAGAGAGUACUUUGAAACAAAUCCACCGAAAGAAACUCCUGUUCUUAAUCUAAGAGACACUUUGUGUGGCGGACGUACCUCUGCACUGCGCACGUACAAGGAGGCAAAUAUCUUAAAAGGAGAACGCAUCAAACUGCUCGAUGUCUGCUCUGAAUAUCCUUUUGUCAACUUUAAAUGCGCCUACGUGACUGGGCAUCCAACGGUAUACCUUGAAAAUGACAACGCCAUGCCCCCCAUUGACCAGUGGAACGGUGCUGCACUUGUCCAAAUUUUACCUCCAAAAAAUUUGUUCUUGCCAGUUUUGGGGAUCAAAUGUUGUUCAAAGUUAAUUUUCCCGCUAUGCCGUACAUGUGCAGAGUCUCAAAAUCAGGGGGAAUGCUCUCACGAAGACCCCCAUGACAGAAUGUUGACUGGCUCCUGGUGCACAAUAGAGUUGCAGUUGGCUGUGAAAAAAGGAUACAAAAUAUUAAAAGUGUAUGAAUUGCUUCAGUACCCUGGUACAAGGGUUUACGAUCCCGUCACAAAAACAGAAGGCCUGUUUUCUUCAUAUGUAAGAGAAAAUAUGGCUCUAAAGUAUGAAGCGUCAGGCUGGCCUUCACAUGUCACUACAGAAGAAGAAAAAGAUAAAUUCAUACAAGAAAUAUUUGAGAGAGAUGGUAUUGUCAUAAGAAAGGACAAAGUAGAAAAAAAUCCCGGGAAGAGGUUUAUAGCGAAGCUUGUCCUCAACUCUUUCUGUAAGUAUCCAUUCUAUUUAGAUAAAAAAUGA